CCCGGAAGUGACCCCGGUGCGUCCGCCCUAUCCUACCUGAGCGCCCGGUGAGUUUGUAGUGUUUACCCGAAGUUGGGGACAUAGGGGCCGUUGUGGCAGGCCCCAGGCCGUGGAUUAGGAGGCCAGAGGGAGAUCUCUUCCACGGUGCAGGGCUGAAAUGGACCCGCUUAGGGCCCAGCAGCUGGCGGCAGAGCUGGAGGUUGAGAUGAUGGCUGAUAUGUACAACAGAAUGACCAGUGCCUGCCACCGGAAGUGCGUGCCUCCCCACUACAAGGAAGCAGAACUGUCCAAGGGCGAGUCUGUGUGCCUGGACCGGUGUGUCUCCAAGUACCUGGAUAUCCAUGAGCGGAUGGGCAAAAAGUUGACAGAAUUGUCUAUGCAGGACGAAGAGCUGAUGAAGAGGGUGCAGCAGAGUUCUGGGCCUGCAUGAGGCCCCAGGCAGUACACCGUAAGGUGCACCCUGUCCUUUCCCACUUGUCUAAUAAAAGUGCCCCCAUUGGGUGUCAUCUGUGAAGACUGCCAGGCCUAGGCUCUUUCUGGAAAGUCUCCAGGAGCCCAGGGUAUGAUGGAGCUCUUUCCCGGUCGGAGAAGGGGUAUUUGUCACACUGGCAUGUGACUGUGUGUUUAUAUAUAUUAUAUAUUAAAACAAGUUUGUUGACACCUACA